CGCCCUUUUGAUGAGCUCAGCCUGCCCCAAAUGCCUGCGGAUUGAGGAUUCCCUGCCCCAAACCCGGCAUCUCCCGCAGAGAGACAGUGCCCUCGGCGGGGGGCUGCAGGAAGGGGGCUGCCUCGGGGACCCUCACAGCGCCCAGCCCGGUCCCGGCUGCCUCCCUCGGCGGGGCAAGGACGGCGCCCGCCUCCGCCAGGCCCCUCCGCUCCCCGGCGGGCCCGCCUCGUGUUUACCAACAUGGGAGGAGCCCGGCAGGAGCCGCGGCGCUUUCGCUUCGCCGGUGGCUGCGGGACGGCGCUGGGGCAUGGCCCGGGGACUCCUCGCCCUGCUCCUCGUGGCUGUCUUAAUUAUUGAAGCAGAGUGUAAAAGUGAUACUGAACAUCCCAUACAUGUAGCAUACAAUAGAUCUAUUACAAGAAAGAGGAUCAUUGCUAAGAGGGAAAUUAAAUGUACUGAGGAUGAGUACGAUUUAAAUGGUCAGUGUUGCAAGAAAUGCGAACCUGGUUACAUUAAAAAUAUUGACUGUCCAACAAACAUUGGAGAACACUGUGUAUCAUGUAAACCUGGAGAGUACAUGGAUCAUGCCAAUACUUUGGAUGAGUGUCAGAGAUGUACUUCAUGUGACAGCGAGUUUGGUUUUCGGAUUGAAGAGGAUUGUAACAGAAAACAGAACACAAAAUGCGCCUGUGCAGAGAACUAUUUUUGCAGUUCUGUACCAUGUACUACGCAUUGCGAGCCAUGUACCACAUGUGGAAGUGCCCCAGUUGAAGAAAAAUGUACUCCAACUUCAGACACUGUGUGCGGAGUGGAAGGAAUGCCAUCAUGGGGCAUUGCAGCUGUGGUCAUAUCUGUGAUAUUAUUAUUAGUAGGAUCUGGAGCACUAUUAAUAUUCUGCAAGAGAAAACGUAAGGGUCUUACUUGCCUGGAGAACCCAGGUGAAACACUCCCUGAAACAACUAUACCACUUGUAUAUACAGAUGUUGACCUGAGCAGACAUAUCCCUAUUAUUGUGGAGGAGAUGACACUCCAACAAGUCAAGAAGUUUGUCCGUUAUCGACAAAUAUCAGAUCCUGUCAUUGAUCAAGUUUUGCAGGACAACUUUAAUGAUGCAUUUGAACAGAAGAUUAAGCUGUUUCAAGCCUGGUAUCAAAGUCAUGGGAUGAAAGGAGCCUAUGGAACCCUACUAAGCAGCCUGAGAAUGUUAAAAAUGCGUGCUGUAGCUGAUAAAAUUGAGGAAAAGCUGAAGACAGUUGUUUCUAGCAAUCAGGAAGGCGGACAAUCUUAUAAUGAUGAUAUUGAGCAAAGCAAAGCCUGUCAUCAGGAAGAUGAGAAAUCCUAUCAUGAUAAUGCUGAGCUAAGUAAAACCUAUUCUGAUAGUUUGGAGGAGACAUAGCAUGGAGUCAUUUGAAAAUUAUUUCUGACUGAAGUAGUAUUUUUUAAGUAUUACAGCUAACAAACCUUUUAAAUGCCAUUUUUGGCUUUUAAGGUGUGAAGGUUUCAAGGUAGUUAUAAUACAAACGAGGAAUAAUUAUGAUUUUUGUGGAGGUGUGUUUCCUUUAAAAGAGUCUUACCUGUUGAUUUUGAUUGUUAAGAACUGGGAGGAUAAGUGUUCUGGCUUAGUUAAUAACAGUAGCAAUCAAAGAUUUCUACUAUAGGACUUGCUACAAAAAGAAAAUACUAGUCAUUGGCAGAAAGGUUUAGUCCAAAUGUGUGGUCCUGCAUGCAAAUCAAUGGAUUUCUUACAUUAAAGUUCUGGAAAGUUGCAUUUUUGAAGGUAAAAACUCCGGUGUUAAGAGUUUAUGCAAUGUACGAUGUAGUAUUAAUAUAUAAUCACAUUUUGCCCUGUUGUAAAUGUGAUUUCUUCCUUGUGUGAAAGCACCUGUGUGUGUAUAUUUAUAUCAGUUUUCUAUGUCAAAUCCCCCAGCGUUAAGUAAAAGUAUUAUUUCCCUUAUUAUCUGCACUGACUUCAAGCGUAUUUUGAUGUUAAAACCCUUGAAGGAAGCAGAAACAGGAGCUGGUGUAGCACAACAAAAACAUGGAUUUUUGAAGGCAACCUGCACCAGCUGUAAAAGUCUCCAGACCCAGUCAUGCAACAGCCAACAUUAUCUUUUCUAAUGCAGGAACUGGUACAAUGAAAAUACCAUUAAUAAAAUAAAUAAAUCCAAGUAGCACA